UUUUAGGACUUAAAAAUUGUGUGUUUCCAUAACAAUUGAUGUGCCUUUGAAUAUAUUCGACGCUGAGUUAAUAAAAUGAAAAAAAUAUCAGUUUUAUUGUGGCUAUAUUUCGUUAUAGUAUUAGAUAUAAAUUUUGGUCAUUGUCUCAAAAUUAUUGACAGAAGUGAAAACACGCCGGGUAAUACGUAUCAACCAGUAUGGGAAAGUUUAGAUACAAGACCGAUACCAAAAUGGUAUGAUAGGGCAAAAAUUGGCAUUUUCAUACAUUGGGGUGUGUAUUCUGUACCGGCUCAUGGAACAGAAUGGUUUUGGUUUAAUUGGAGAAGUAAAUAUUACAAAAGUUAUGUUAAUUAUAUGGAGAAAAAUUUUGAACCAAAUUAUACUUACCAAAAAUUCGCUUCACAAUUUAAAGCACAAUUAUAUGAUCCGAUGGAAUGGGCAACAUUAUUUAAAGCAUCAGGAGCAAAAUAUGUGGUUUUUACAAGCAAACACCAUGAUGGAUAUGCAAUGUGGCCAACGAAAUAUUCAUUUGGUUGGAAUGCAUUAGAUGUGGGCCCAAAAAGAGAUUUACUUGGCGAUUUAGCAUCAGCAAUUCGCAAUACAACUGAUUUAAAAUUUGGAGUAUAUCACUCAUUAUUUGAAUGGUACAAUCCCUUAUAUGUAAAGGAUCGUGGAAAUAAUUUUGAAGAUGAUGAAUAUGUAAUGAAUAAAGUGAUGCCACAGUUGCAAGAAUUAGUACAUUCAUAUCGACCAGAUAUAAUAUGGUCUGAUGGUGAUUGGGAAGCGCCAGAUACUUAUUGGAAUUCAACUGUAUUUUUAGCGUGGCUUUAUAAUGAAAGUCCAGUAAAAGAUACUGUUGUGGUCAAUGAUCGCUGGGGUCAAAAUAUAUUAUGUAAACAUGGUGAUGUUUACACUUGUGAAGAUCGAUACAAUCCAGGAACAUUACAAAAGCACAAAUGGGAAAAUGCCAUGACCAUUGAUGAAAAAUCUUGGGGAUACAGGCCAGAAGCAAAUGUUACCGAUUAUAUGUCAAUUGGAGAUCUAAUCAAGCAAAUUGUGACAACUGUUAGUUGUGGAGGUAAUAUUUUAAUAAAUGUUGGGCCCACAAGCGAUGGUAAAAUCAGUCCCAUUUAUCAAGAGCGUUUAUUACAAGUAGGAACGUGGUUAGAAACCAAUGGUGAAGCUAUCUAUGACACUGUGCCAUGGAAAAUACAAAACGAUACAAUUACACCGAAUGUCUGGUAUACGUUUCGCUACGAUACACAACAUCUAUACAUAAUAUUUUUAUCUUGGCCACGAAAUUCUGAUUUUUUGUAUGUAAAAUAUGAUGGCUCUGCAUUUGGUGAAAAAACCGAGGUGUUUCUUGUUAACAAGAAACAAGAUAUUAAAUUACAAUGGACUGUUAUUAUGUCGGAUAAUGAUGAUGCCAAAGUGGAAAUAACAUUACCCAGUUAUAGGCUGGCAGAGUCAAAAUGGGCUUGGGUGUUAAGAGUUAAAAAUUCAAAAUUACUGCGACGGGAGCAUUAAUAUCAUCAUUAAAUGUUUUGUUUUAUACAGAUUAAUAUGUAUGAAAUGAAUUUUU